AUGCCCGCGUAUCCUCCUUCAGAAACUAGUGGAGAGGAGUGUCCGUGGCUUGCUUUGAGCAGCUCCCCGUUGCUCGAAGCGGGGCGGGAGGUGAACGCGCAUCCGCCACCGGGACGUACACCAGCGCUCGCAGUGGCUGCAGCGCAGGGCGCGACACAGCGCCCCAUACUGGUAUGGUACCGGGGGCACGACCUCCGAAUAGAUGAUCAUGCUGCCUUCUGUGCGGCUGCAGAAACGGGUAUGCCGGUGGUUCCUGUGUACGUUUGGAACCCGCAACUGCCGUGGAUGAGUAAACCUGGCAGAGCAGGGCGCUGGCGGCUGCGAGAGUCGCUGCUGGCGCUGGACCGGGAGUUCGCGCACCGCUACGGCGAAGAUGCGCGGCUGGUGGUUCUGCAGGGGAGCCUCGUGGAAAGCAUUGUGGAGCUGGCGCGGGAAACGAAUGCGAGCGCAGUCUACUUCAACCGCUGCUACGAUAUCGGUGCCGCAGAAGUGGACCGAACGUUGGAACAACGCCUUGCUGUUUGGAAUGUUGAACUCGUUAGCUUCAAAUCGGAACUUCUUGUGGAGCCGUGGGAGCUUGCUCAAGACAACGGUGAGCCAUUCAAUGAGUUUCACCCCUUCAUGGAAAAGUGGCUCGCUUUCCCGAAACCGCCCCCACCUGUAGCAGCGCCAUUGAGGCUGCAGACGCUGCCUGGUUUACGGCAACGCGUUUCCCAUGUCGAGAUUCAUGAGCUGGAGCUGGUCUCUGAUCUCAGUCCGGAAUGGUGUGCCCAGAUGGAAUGCAUGUGGCCGCUUGUCGGUGAGCGAGCAGCGUGGAUUACGUUGUCAAGGUUUCUCCGAGAGCGUUAUCCCAAAUUCGGGCGUCGAGAGUCUCGUUGUGCGCUCGACGGCACGAGCCGCCUCUCCAUGCAUGUUCGUUUCGGUGAGAUUAGCCCGCGGCAGCUGUAUGCAGCAAUCAUGGCUGACAUCGUGUCGGACGCGCCUAGCGCGCUUUCCCUAGGGAAUGGAAUACCAGCGCAUUCGAGGGAGCAGAACGGUUACCUGGAGUCGCCACACCGAAUCAGUGCAACACCUCACUCCAUGGAUGCUACUGCUAUUGCUACUGCUACUGCUGCAGUUCCCGGUUAUCAGCCGCAGCGAGCGCCGAUGUUUCCGCUUCGGGUUCAAGUGAACCGACCACGAGGCUCCAGUGGCACGACCUACUUUCUCUACGAUCAUGAGGAUGACGACGACGACGAUAAUAAUAAUAAUAAUGGUGAUGAAGCAGAUGACAACGACGACGGAGGUCGUGGUGGUACCGAUCAAGCGGCUCCAAGGAGCACACGGCAUGCGCUCCUGAACCGUGAGCGUCACGCUACAGCAGGCGAGGCGCUCGCGGCAAACACACGUACCCACACCGAUGCAGCAGAUGCACAACAGACCAUCAGCGCGGUGAAGGCGUUCCUGAAAAACAUGUGCCUCCGAGAAUUCGCGUAUCACCUGCUCUUUCACAAUCCACAGGCCUUCGAAGAGCCGCUACUGCCCGAAUUCCGCGCCUUUCCUUGGCGCUGGAACGAUCAGAGCAUGCUCGAGGUUUGGCGAAGCGGCCAAACCGGGUAUCCCAUCAUUGACGCAGCGAUUCGGGAGUUGCGUACCACUGGAUACCUGCAUAAUCGCAUUCGUUUCAUGAUCGCCGGCUUCCUGACCAAGUACCUUCUCAUUCCGUGGCAGCAUGGUCUCCGCUUUCUUUACGAUCAUGUUCUCGACGGGGACAUAGCCUGUCAGACGCUCGGGUGGCAGUGGACGGCAGGCUGCCACACCGAUGCGUUCCCGUUUGCGUGUAUCGUCAAUCCGAUCACGUUUGGGCUCAGAGAAGAUCCCCAUGGUGAGUACGUGAAGCGCUGGGUACCCGAAUUGGCCGCACUGCCUACGUGUUACGUCCAUCGUCCGUGGCGAGCGCCAGCUUCAGUGCUUGCGCAAGCGGGUAUCGCGCUGGGCUCUUGCUAUGCGCAUCCGGUGGUGGACUCGCGGACGGCUCGAGCGCGAGCACUCGACUCCAUGGACCUCAUGCGGCGUGUAUUUGUACUGCGACAACCAACCCGAUCCCUGUGGUCUUUAAUUGAUCUGCAACAGCCGCAGUUGUGGCUUGAGCAAUCUGCAUCGGAUUCGGACGAUUCCGGGAUGGAAACGUUCUCUUUCACGAAUGGAACGCCAUACGCACUUCAUGAUCGCUUUUCAAGGGGCUCAACGACCAUCAUUGAGGAGCUCGCCCCGACCGUCGAGCACAACGCUCUUCAGUCGCUUUCCUAUGGUAACCACAGUCGUCGAGCAUUCGGCAUUGGCAGUGUACAUACAGCAGCAGCGUUGGUGCCAGAAAGCCGACAACGACAACGACGAGGCUACGCGCCCUCCUGGAUCGAACGUGCGGACGCAGGAGCGUCUGAAGUUGGUGCGAUGCAGCCUGGCGGACGCUCUUCGGGGUCGUCUUCGCAACUGAGUGUAGUGCGUCCCGAGCAACUCAAUGAGUUUCUCCGCUGGGUAACUGGUCCAGAGGAUGCUGCCGCCAACCAGGAACAAGCAUCGGCAACGGCAAACGAGCAGUUGCGAGCAUGGAAUGACCCGCUGGAGCGUGUCCAGACUGCGGACAUUGGUCGGGAGCUCUCGCCUAUCACGACGAGUGCGCAGAGCGUGACCCUGGAACCAGCGCAGCCACAGAAACGGCGACGUGGAGGCCAGCGCAAUCCUACGCGAGCGAGCAUGCUCGGUGUAGCGGAACGCGAAGAGAUAUUGGCAGCGAUAGCGCUGCAACCUAACCAACCGUUUCACUGCUUCGCGCGCUUCCUGAUGCAGCACUAUCGUUUCACACCGAAUACGGUUUUCGGACCACAUACGGACUUUGUUCGCUUGCGCGCGCUCAAAGCAGAGUUAGCUGCUGCAGGAACAUCUUGCGAGGAUUCGACGACCUCCGAAAGGAGCCGCUCGUAUGAACGACAGAAAAGCCGUUGCCUCGGUCACGUUUUAACUGUUGCGAAAAUGAAGCACUUUCUGCGGAAUACGCUUGGACUAGAGGUCACUGGCCAGUGGGAUCGUCGAGCGCACGGCGGGGUGCGAGGUCCGUACGCCUACGGCCUCACGCGCUGCCCAGCGAGCGACGACAAGCGCAGAUGA